AUGCCCAUUGGUCCCGCCAAGGUCGGUGAGGAUCUCGAUAUUCCGGCCACUUCUUUCCCUAAAUUUCGUCAAAUUCCACUCGAAACCCGUCGUAUGAUUUGGAUGAGGUCUCUGCCCUCUGGACGAAUCUACGAACCGAAGCCAUACAAUGACUGGAUCAUGUACGACCCCCGACCACAACGCGAGGCCUGGACUGGUGCGCAGCAUGCCAGCAUCUGGUACAACGACGAGCAGGAUGCGGUUUACCUGCACACCUUUGAUCAAUGGAACAGCCUUGAUCGCUUCGAUGUCAAGAACAUUUGCACCAGGAAAGAGAUCGCGUUAAACAGAGAGCACUGCGAGCGUGUUCUCGGCAAUCUGGACUGUAACCGUGUCAUCGUCGCCUGCUACCCCGUCGGCACCCUUACCGAAGGGCAACUGACCGAGACAUUUCCUGUCUGCCGAUCAAUUCGCAGUGAAGACGAAUUCGUUACUAUAGAAGAGGUUGACCCCGAGGACUGGGACGAGGGCCUUGAGUUGACUUGGAGAGAGGAUAAGGCCUUUAACAAGGACUGCUGGGAGAGGGAGAAGUUAGGCAAGUCUGUAAAGUUCGAGGCAGUUGAAGUAUUCCGAAAGGCUCGCAAAUCCAGCUCGCUUUGA